UUUCAACUCCCAUCAUCCGCGACCAUCGCUUGCUCUGCUGACCUGUAAUUACCCCCCCUUCCCAUGUUGCAGUCCCUUUCACAAUAUGCCACACACUUCUGGCGCGCGAUGAUGCGCGCACGGCAGGUCGAACGCGUGUCCGUGGGCGUAGAGACGGACCCGCCGGUCACCCCGCGCGCGGGCGAGAAGCGGCGGAGAGCAGAGGACCAGUUCCAGAGCGAUACCGCGGGGGAGGAGAGGCCUCCGUCCCCUGCGCGUCCGCGCCUUGACGGGAGCCCGCCAGCCCCUCCUGCGCAUCCCACGCGGAGCAAUGCUGCUCAUUCGAGCGGAUCGCAAGCGACUGUGAACAUGAGCGGACGGCGGCCGUCGACGCGCGCGGCCAAUGCUGCAUCCGCGUCCACUCGUGCGUCGUCCUCCGACGGCGGCCCCGCGCACUACGACCGACCCCAAGGCGGCCAAGCAACCACUGCGGCACGGGCGGCCCACUUCCAGGCACGUCAUGAAGAGACUCCGACGGCUUCAUCGUCUACGUCUGCACCUUUACCCUCGAGAAGCGCUGCCCCGUCUUCUGCGCAUUCUCUCACGACAUCCAGGCAUGCGCGUUUGCUCUCAUCAUCCGCUGGACGGGACACCGGUCAUGGGUCCGACUCCGACUCUGACAACGUGCCGCUCGGACGCCCUCCCAAAAGCAGAAAGCCAACGAAGAAGAGGCGCGCCGCUCGACGCGUAUCUACGUCGGACGAGGACUACGAGUACGAGCCGCCCGCCGCUGCGCAGUCCCCUACAGUCUCGGAGAGGCGUGUUCAACGACCGCGUCGUAAAGCUGCGCCAACGCAGCUGAAGAUAUCAGAGCUCAGUGUCGAUUCUGAGAGCCCGGACGACGGCGACGACGCUCCCAACUGGGGUGCUGGGUCAAGCUCGAAGCGGCGUAGCUCAGGACGCCUUCGAAACAAAGGCUCGUCUACAGGUCGUCGUCAAGCUAAGGGGAAGGCAAAGACGGGAAGCGGCGCGACUCAGCUAUAUGCUGGCGAGCCGAAGCCUGCAAAAUAUAAGAUUGGGGGCGCCGGCAUCCCCGUACCGUCCCUGGAGCUCAAGCCUGGCGAUUUCAUCUACGAAACUCGCGAGGACGGAACGGUACCGGAUACCCACCUUGUUACGCCUGAAUACAUCGGGGACGACUCUGAAUCCGACGUCGACCCGAAGGAGACCACAACGGACUUCAUCAAGGAGGACGGCUGGGGUGAUCCUGACAUCGAGGGCGAUGACGCAGUGCCGGUGACGAUGUCGAAACGCGCGUGGUGCAGGCGCCUCGGCAGCUACGCCCUCCCCGAGCGAGGCGAGGGCGCCGUGAACUUCUGCGAAGUCGUGGGGCCUGCGUAUCCGAGUCAAAGCCCCCAUCGCCGUCCCAGUGGCGUCGUCGUCCGCCGCUUGCAGCUCGUUCCUGUAGAGAUCGCGCCACCUUCUAUCACCCCAACUACGCGAUAUCCCGAGCUCGUCAGACGCGCUGAUCAAACGGACAUAGUCCCAAACGCGCGAAUCGAAGGGAAAGUAUGUCGUGUCCUCAUGCUAGCGGCUUACGGUGCGCUGGUCGUCGAUCAAUUGAGAAAACCCUGCUUUCCUCCCGCGGAUUACAACGACUUGUGGUCCAGGUUUGACGUGGUGAACGGAGGAGUCAAUACUGGUGAUUCUCGCAUAUGCCUCGACGGACGUUGCAAGGCGUCACCGAAGAACACCUGGAACCCGAGCAGGUAUGACCAGGUUCGCUGGUGUGCCCGGUGCACGAGGUUUUUCCAUACGUUGUGCAUGAAGCGGCAGAUCAUCGCAGACAUCGCCGCCCAUGCGGGCAGACUCGACGCGUAUGGGCAGCCGUACCUGCGCUACCUCCUUGAGCAGCACACCUUCCUCGACGACGAGCCGCGGCGCAUGCGCUACGGCUUCACCGACGAUGCCGCGGACCACAACGAUGUGCACGACGGGCGCGGGCUCUUUCCCAUGCCGCAAACGACGUGGCAGGAGGUCGCCGUGCUGCCGAUCCGCCGCCGCACUUUCCCGAUGGAGACCCCGGAGACGAACGAGGUCGUCAUCCAGCACGCCAUUCAGCAGGUCCUCGAUGGCCACGGCGCCGACGCCGUUCCGGACGUCAGUGAAUGGCUGCACGGUAUCUCCCCGCAGGCAGGGCUACGCGGCGCAAAGUUUAUCUUGAACAAGAACCUGCGUCAGCUGCGUCACGGGAAACCGCCACGGCGAUAUUUGUGCCCUGGCUGCCAGGCGCAGAUCAUCUAGUAGAGUUUAUAUAGAUCUUCCAGCUGUUCAGAAUACUGCAUUCCAAUUUUUGUGUAUCUUUCAUCGCGCUCA